AGGAUUACAUUCAGGCUGUCGAGAUGCAGUAACUUGUGCUGGUAUACACCAGGCGCGGCAUGUGGAUAGUGUGAAAGCGAUAAAUUCAUAGGUGUGAGAGUGAGAUAUUCAUAUCUUUGUGAUUUGCCGAACCACAAGCAGUUGAAUUUUGGAGAACGAAGAAGACAUGGCUCUCCGCUUGGCGGCUGUAAUUUGUUUCAUUCUCGGACUUUCUGUUACCCAAGUGGUUUAUGGCGAGAAAUGCGGAGAUGUUUUUGACAAGUUACCCGCAUCCUGCUGUCCCGCAAAGUACCGCGAUGUCUGUUGUCCGUUUGUAAAACCGUGUAGGUCUUCAGCAGCGGCACCUACCCCUAGAGUGAUGACAUCAAGUCCAACGCAGAGAAGCGGGGGAAAACCGUUUUGUAUGAAACCUCAAAACUCGUCAGCUUGUGAGGCAGGAUUUUUCUUGAACAAACUUUCGCGAAAACUCGAACCCUGUCCUAAAGGCUUCUACUGUCCCCAGGACCAGGUCUGUAUCGUACCAUGCCCAAUGGGAGCAUACUGUGUCAGAGAUAAACUAGUUAACGCCACGAAACAAUCGCCUCAAUUGUGUCGCGAGAGUGGAAAAUGCUGCAGUCCUUCCCAGUCCAUCCCUAUCUUUGAUCCUCGAACACCUUCGAAGUAUAUUUGCCCAGGGGCCAAGCGCCCAGUUCCGUGUCCUCAAGGCAACUUUUGCCCAAACGUUACCGUUCAAAAGACGUGUCCAGGUGGAUACUUUUGUCGGAAUGGAAGCGUGGAACCACAAAACUGUCCGAUUCUCUCCAUAUGCAAGAAAGGGUCUUCAGCUCCUGUUAGCGCUCCUGGUGGUAUUUUACUGAUUUUUGGAAUAUUACUGGUCAUGCUGUUGCUUUUGUACUGUUUCCACCACGAAGAAAAACUUACAGAACUGUUUGAACGUUAUGUGACAAAGAAACACUUUGUCAGAAUGGAAGAGUGGACCAGCAGGAGCAGUUUGGAUAAAUACCGAGAGGAGGCAGAGCCCAAGACACAGACCAUCACCAUUCGCUUUGAAAACCUUAGCCUGUCACUUAAAAAGACACAGGUGGCCAUUCUUCAAGGCGUGUCCGGUCAACUCUUACCUGGGGAAGUAACUGCGGUGAUGGGUCCUUCUGGAUCCGGCAAAACAACCUUCCUCAACACUUUGAGUGGAAAAGCUUAUUAUGGGAAACGCGCUGGUAGUCUUUUCAUCAACGAUAACUUUGUACAAGAUUUGGGUGUUUUCAGAAACAUCACUGGAUUUGUUCCGCAGGAAGAUAUCAUGCACAGAACACUGACAGUUAAGGAGGUUUUGAUUUAUCAAGCAAAUCUCAGGUUGCCAUCCUCGAUUUCCAAAGAGGAAAGGAAAAGAAAAGUCAACGAGGUCUUGGAUCUUCUUGACUUAGCGCAUGUCAAGAAUACGAAGAUUGGAGACGAGGAAUCAAGAGGCAUUUCUGGAGGGCAAAGAAAACGUGUCAACAUAGGAAUGGAAUUGGUUACUGACCCGACGUUGCUUUUUCUCGAUGAACCGACGAGCGGUCUGGACAGCACUUCGAGUUUGAUGGUUGUCGACGCGUUGAAGGUCGUAGCCGAAAAAAAGAAACUGACAAUUGUUUGCGUCAUUCAUCAGCCAAGAUACGAAAUAUUCAGCAAAUUCCACAAAGUUCUCUUUCUUGCGCCUGGUGGACGAACCGUCUUCCUAGGAAGUGUACAAGAAGCAGAAAACUACUUUGAAAUGCAUGGAUUUCAAAAACCUGAUAAAGUAAACCCAGCAGAUUUUUAUAUGGAUGUCAUCGGCGGACUGUGUAAGGACGUUGAUCAAUCAUCCAGUACUCUACCCGAGCGUUGGGAGCAGUACGCUGGUGAAAAUAACACGAGCGCGGACCAUGCUGAUGGGAGCCGGGAAGAUCCAGUUGCGAGAGAGAAUGACGGAAUAGAGCAAGUGUCUUUCAGAUCUACUCUGGGACUGUUUAAGAAAAGCCAAAAUAAAGAUCAAGACAGAGAAAUGCCCAACCUCUUUAUUCAGUAUUUGACGUUUCUACGUCGUGAGAUUCGGCUGCAGUUUCGUUUGUCACGAUCACUUCUUCUGGAUCAGUUCCUGGUGUUACUUGCUGGGGGUACCCUAGGGGCCCUGAGAAAAGAGGCUCCCCUUGGAGAAUUCUUCACUCUCGUCACCCUCAGUUCCUUAGCAAUUGGUCUGACCGCUAUGUUAUCUGCGUUGAGAUGUUUUGGUAGCACCAGGACUACUUUCUGGCGUGAAGCCGCAGCUGGUGUCAACAGGAUUAGCUACUUUGUGGCUGUUAAUGUCGCUCAGAUUCCAGUAAUCCUCAUCACUCCUGUUGUUUACUUGAGCCUGCUGUACCCACUGAUUGCACCGAGAGCCAAGUUCAUAUCUCAUUACAUCGCCACACUUGGAGUUCAGUUCGCUUGCACUGGAGUGGGAUACUGCAUAUCCGCUAUCUUCAGCCCCAAAAACUCACAAAUGGCAUCAGUUACUUUUGCUCUGAUUUCCUCUCUUGUGGCAGGUAGUUCUCCUACACUGUGUAAAAUGGCACAGAGCACCCUUGGUCCAGUGUUUUACAGUCUGUCUUACUGCCGCUGGUACCUGGAGGCGCUAUUUGAAAAGGAAGCUGUUCGUUACCCAGCAGUCAUGGAGCACUAUGUGCAUCAGUUAUCGACAAGGAAUGGUUACACACUGGAUAACUACAACACUUGUGUAGCAGUCUUGUUUGCCAUGGGAUUUGCUUACCGAGUGCUAGCUUUGUUGUUUUUGUUGUUUACAAAUAGGGGGAAGCAACAGUAGCUGAAACGUGUUGUUAGAGAAAUCUUUAGCAAAGCAUUAAAAUUUUAGCGUCGCUUUAAAUGAUAUUUCCCCUUUAAUAGACCCUUUCAAGGUUAGAGCCGCCAUUUUACCGGGGGUGCAAAACUGCUGGGGCGAGCG